AUGGCAGACCAACUGAAAUACACCAACAAAAUCAAGGGCGACAGAGUCCUCGUUGUCGGCGGCUCGGCAGGUAAGUUCUCCAACGCAGCAGAUUCAAAAAACGUCCCAGAAUUUCACCACUCCAAAACUUAACAUCCCCCACUUACCAAACCACCACAGGCAUCGGCUACGCCGCAGCAGAAGCCUGUCUCGAAAACGGCUGCCACGUGACAAUCUCCUCCUCCAACCCAGAUCGCAUCCAGAGAGCAAUCACCAAACUCCAAACCACCUACCCGUCCUUCCAAACCAACAUCCAAGGCCACGCAUGCGACCUCUCCGACCCGGCCAACCUCGAAACCAACCUCCUCCUCCUGCUAGAUAGAACUUCCCAAGCAGGCAAGAUCGACCACAUCAUCCACACCGCCGGCGACUCCCUCGCCGUUCUCAAACUCGAAGAGCUAUCCAUGGACACCGUCUACGCAGCCGGCCAGAUCCGUUUCUUCGCCCCGCUGUUUUUGGCCAAACAUGCGCCCAAAUUCCUCGCCCCCGGUCCCAAGGCUUCCAUCACCCUGACGACCGGCGCCGUCUCCGAGCGGCCGAUUCCGAAUUGGACGGUCGUGAAUAGCUACGCGACGGGCCUGCAGGGCAUGACGCGCGGGCUGGCGUUGGAUCUGGCUCCGAUACGGGUGAAUUUGGUUUCCCCCGGAGCCGUGGAUACGGAGCUCUGGAGCCAUAUGAGUGCGGGGCAGAAGGCGGAGUUUUUCAAGGAGAUGGAAAAGAAGAUUCCCGUGGGGAAGGUGGGACAGGUGGAGGAUGUUGCCGAGGCGUACUUGUAUUGCAUGAGGGAUAGGAAUGUCUCCGGGGCGAUGAUUUCUACUAGUGGAGGGCAUUUGUUGACGGGAUAG